GCUACCUGACAAGCAGACAUGAGUAUGAGUUACGCCUGGCCCCAUAAAGCGUACUUUAUUAAUAGAUUAUGUAACUAUCUGCUUUAGCUGGGCUUGUUAUUAAGGAGGCUCGAAACCGAUUGGACUGACAAAGUGCUAAAGAAUAAAACAUGACUGCCAACGAAGACCAGGAGAUGGAGUUGGAGGCUCUGCGUUCAAUUUAUGAAGGGGACGAAUGCUUCAAGGAACUCGGUCCGGUGUCCUUCCAGUUUAUGGUAGGAAACCAUAAUGAAUCCAAUUCGUUCCUGUUGGAUGUCUCCUGGCCAAAGACGUAUCCUGAAACUGCGCCUCAUAUAUCUUUAGAUGCCUUUUUCAAUAACAGAAUAUCUCUGGAGACCAAGCAGCUAAUAAUCUCAAAGUUAUACGAACAAGUUGAGAUGAACCUGGGCACUGCCAUGAUGUACACACUGUUUGAGUGGGCCAAAGAGAACCAGACCAUGCUCAUGGAGAAUCACCAACCUGCAGUGUCUGCUGUGACCCUGACUUCUAACAAUGAUACCAACAACCCUGUCUCAGUCAUUAAGAAAAAGGAGAAGAAAGAACAACUUACAAAAGCACAGAAACGGAAAAUGAUAGGAAGAACUGAUAACAAGGGUGAACUGCCAAGAGGUUGGAAUUGGGUUGACGUUAUCAAGCAUCUGAGCAAAACGGGAGGAAAAGAGGAUGGCUAGACACACUGCUAGAAGACUGGAUGGAUGGAUGGAUGGAAGGACGGACGGACGGACGGACGGACGGAUGGAUGGACGGACAGAUGGACAUAUGGGCGGAUAUCGAAAGUUUAAUAUGACUUGAUUUUAAAGGAUGUUGAAAUGGGCCCUCAAGCCGUGGUGUAAAGCUGCUUGAGGCUAAUUGUUUGUGCCACUGAGACACAAGAGUCUGUCUUCUGCCACAAGGAAAGAAACCUGAUUCACCAAAGUGGUAGUCACAUAAGGAACAAAAGGCCAUUUAUACAACAUGAAAAUCAUGCAGAGUGCGAGGGUGUGAUACCACACCGAUGGUGGGGUCAAAUCUCCAUGCCAAGAGGCUUAAUACACAGCCUCAGGUCAGCCUGCCAGGCUACAUUUGGGAUGAGUAACAGCUCUCUCUAGGGAUGCUUACAGAAUGGUAACAUGAGUGUUUUGUGGUGUAAUGUGAUUUGGUUGGGUGAACCUCAGUUUGCAUUUCUGCCUUUUAUUAGCGCAUUGCUUUCUUCAGUUAUUUAUUGUGCUUAUUUUCUUGACACAACAUAAAAUCUAACUGGAUUCCAUUUGUUUACUUUUGUGACAAAAAAAAAUAGAAGUUCCCAGUUGUCUUUUAAUUCAUAUAAGCAAUGAAGAUAUUUGACCUUAUCAGUUAAAAGUGUGUUUGUUUAUGCACUUUAACAAUGGACAGUUUAUAAGCUCUCGUUGCAUCUGCACCCUGGGACAGCCACCAUGUUUCCAAAAUCUACCUGGAGUUCAAAGUGCAGUUAUAAUGAGCCUUAUAAAAUUACAAAUUUCUGUAAUGCAGCCACUUCAUUAAAAAUAAUCUGAGUGAACUGA